AUGGCAAGUGGUGAUCCAGGAAGUUCCAAAUUCAACAGUAAGACCGAUAGUGAAAGUCAUUCAGCACGCGAAGCAUAUCGAACAGCAAAAGAUCGUAAUGGUGUGCCAAGAUCUCAAUCGCCACUGGAACAUCCAACAAAGAUCGUAGACGGAAACAAUCCAGACCAGUUCGUUACAGAAUAUAAACAUCGCAAUGUUUAUGGUGAAUCAAUAUCAAUAAGAAAAGAUAAUUCGAUCGAUUAUGGAGAUGGCAGUCAGAAACAAGGUCCACACUACAAUGCUGGUCGAACGGGAGAAAAAUUUAAGCAACAUCAUAACUACAAUGUUGACAUCAACGAUAUUCGUCAGCACUACCAAUCAGCUAGAAGCCGAAGUCAAUCGUCAGUUAUGACAAGUAUCGAAAGAGUACGGAGUGUUCGGGGUGUCAUCGACAACAGCGAUCCACCAAUCAAAUCGGAAUAG